AUAUCGGAAUGAAAUCUGCAGUACUGGCAGCACUGCCAGUUUAUAUCGGAACACGCCGUUAGUGUAAUUUAGUGAUAGACAGUGAUGGAGUCAUAAAUAGCGAAGAGCACCAGAUUGAUAUAGUAUUUCAGUUUUGAAAUUUCUUUACUAAUACAAAAGAAUAUCGAUUAAGCAAAAUGGCUGAUUCCGAAGAUGAUAACGAUAAGGAUAUGGACGCUGGGAUCAAUAUGACUGGUUUUCUGUUUGGCAAUAUCGAUGAUAAUGGUCAGCUGGAGGAUGAUAUCUUGGAUCCUGAAGCUAAACAACAUUUGGCUUCGCUGAGUCGUCUAGGAUUAAGUUCCUUACUCCAGGAAAUGAUUUCUAGUGAAACCAAAAAUUAUGAGAAAGAAGGUGAAACUGUAAAAGAUGAGAAUGAUCAAAUUAAGAGCGAGCCUCAGGAUAAGGAUGAUGUGGAUUAUUUAGCAAAAUCACCUACUGCUCUUGAUUUUUCUGACAUAAAUGAGUUGGCAGAGGACACCGCUGAGGAGAUUAAUGACACAUUAUCAAAGAAAGCUGAUAAGGAAAGUACAGGGUAUGAUGCCGACGACGAGGAGGUUAUAAAUAAAUCAGAUACACAGCUAAUGCCUCCACCACCUAUUCCUGAUGAAAAAGAAAUUCUUACUCCAGAAGAAGCUGAAGCUGCCAGGCAACGAAAAUUAGAAACACCUUUGGCUUCUAUGCUACCAUCAAAAUACGCGAACAUUGACGUGACAGAACUGUUUCCUGAUUUUCGUGCGAACAAGGUCCUCAGAUUUUCCAGAUUAUUCGGUCCUGGGAAACCUAGCAGUUUACCACAGAUCUGGAGAGGAGUUCGCAAACGACGAAAGAAAAAACGGCAUCAUGAUGUAAAGGAUUCUGAUUCUGGUUCGGAUCAUGAUGAAAGAAAGUCGAAAUUCAAAGGAUGGGUUAUGCAGUACGCUCCGGAUCCGACGCCAGAUCAGUGUCGUACCGAUGACGAGGAGAAGCUGUUGCUCCCUGUGGAAGAUAAAGAGCAGACUGGAAAGACUGGAGAAUCCGGUGAGAAUGGUGAUAUGGGUCCAAAAGUUGCCGAUUGGCGUUUUGGACCUGCACAGAUUUGGUAUGACAUGUUAGAAGUGCCAGAAACUGGUGAUGGUUUCAAUUAUGGCUUUAAAUUAAUCGAGAAAACUGAGGAAGAUGAAAAGCAGAAAGCUGAUGAAGAGUUCUCCGAUGAUGCUUUCCUCAUGGUGUCACAAUUGCACUGGGAGGAUGAUGUUGUCUGGAAUGGAGACGACAUAAAACACAAGGUUAUGCAGAAACUGAACAGUAAGAAUAACGCUGCAGGCUGGGUUCCCUCGAGUGGUAAUCGUACUGCACAGGCUUUCAGUCAACCUGGAAAAGGAAAUCCUCUUCCUGUAGCUCCGAAUGUUCGUUUAGCUACUUCACAAAUUGCUACUCCAUUGCACAUGCAAUCUCAGAAGAAUAAACUGGCUGUACCAAAAGGAAGUCAGCAACAGCAACGUGAGGAAAAUUAUGACGAUACUUGGUACUCGAUAUUUCCAGUGGAGAACGAGGAACUUGUUUAUGGUCUCUGGGAAGAGGAAGUUAUUUGGGAUGCGGAGAAUAUGAAGAAAAUACCCAAACCAAAGAUACUCACCUUGGACCCAAAUGAUGAAAAUAUCGUUCUGGGAAUUCCUGAUGAUAUUGACCCAGCACUCUUGCACAAGGAAAAUGGGCGUCAACCGAAAGUGAAGAUACCACAUCCUCACGUGAAGAAAAGUAAGCUUCUCUUGGGAAAGGCAGGCGUGAUAAACGUUCUGGAGGAGGAUACACCGCCACCGCCACCAAAAUCACCUGAUCGAGAUCCUUUUAAUAUUUCUAAUGACUCGUACUACAUGCCAAGAUCGUCGGAAACCACCUUGAGGCUCAAAGUAGGCGGUGGAAAUUUGAUUCAACACAGUACUCCGGUUGUGGAGCUGCGAGCGCCAUUUGUACAAACCCAUAUGGGUCCUAUGCGACUACGGAACUUCCAUAGGCCACCCUUAAGAAGAUUUAGUCAUGGCCCACUAGCAAAUCCUGGACUGCACAGUUUUCUACCACUGUUGAAACACAUAAAGAAAAAAUCCAAGCAGCGAGAACAAGAGAGAAUCGCAUCAGGAGGUGGAGACGUCUUUUUUAUGAGAACUGCUGAGGAUCUAACGGGACGCGAUGGCGAGAUUGUCCUCGUCGAGUUCUCUGAGGAACAUCCACCGUUGAUGAAUCAAGUGGGUAUGUGUUCGAAGGUGAAAAAUUAUUAUAAAAGAAAAGCGGGCAAGGAUCAGGGGCCUCAGAAGUAUAAGUAUGGAGAGACAGCGUAUGCUCACACAAGUCCCUUCUUGGGAAUACUGACACCUGGACAGAGUAUACAGGCCGUCGAGAAUAAUAUGUACCGUGCACCUAUAUAUGAGCAUAAGAUUCCUGAAACAGAUUUUUUGGUGAUAAGGACACGACAGCAGUAUUACAUCAGAGAGGUCGACGCCCUGUUCGUCGCUGGUCAGGAAUGUCCACUUUACGAAGUACCUGGACCGAAUUCCAAGAGGGCCAAUAAUUUCGUGAGAGACUUCCUUCAGGUUUUUAUAUAUCGUUUGUUCUGGAAGUCUCGUGACACCCCACGAAGAAUAAAGAUGGAUGAUAUCAAGAAGGCCUUUCCCUCUCAUAGUGAAAGCAGUAUAAGAAAACGUUUGAAACUAUGUGCGGAUUUCAAAAGAACAGGAAUGGAUUCUAAUUGGUGGGUAAUAAAACCGGAUUUUCGGCUCCCCACUGAAGAAGAGAUAAGAGCUAUGGUGUCUCCGGAACAGUGUUGUGCCUACUUCAGUAUGAUAGCAGCUGAACAGAGAUUGAAAGAUGCUGGCUAUGGUGAGAAAUUCCUCUUUACACCGCAAGAUGACGAUGAUGAGGAGAUGCAAUUGAAAAUGGACGAUGAGGUCAAAGUCGCUCCAUGGAAUACAACGAGAGCUUACAUACAAGCUAUGAGAGGAAAGUGUCUAUUACAAUUGGCUGGUCCCGCUGAUCCAACGGGUUGCGGUGAAGGAUUUUCUUAUGUGAGAGUUCCAAAUAAACCAACCAUCAGCAAGGAAGAACAAGAAGCCCAACCAAAGAGAACAGUAACUGGAACGGAUGCUGACUUGAGGCGACUUUCAUUGAACAACGCUAAAGCAUUGCUCAGAAAGUUUGGUGUUCCUGAGGAGGAAAUCAAGAAGCUAUCACGUUGGGAAGUAAUUGACGUAGUGAGAACCCUAUCCACGGAGAAAGCCAAGGCUGGCGAAGAAGGAAUGACAAAAUUCUCGAGAGGAAAUCGAUUUUCUAUCGCAGAACAUCAAGAAAGGUACAAGGAGGAAUGCCAAAGAAUUUUUGACUUGCAGAACCGUGUUUUGUCCUCUAACGAAGUUCUAAGUACGGACGAGGGUGAGAGUUCUGAGGAAGACAGUUCCGAUAUUGAGGAAAUGGGUAAGAACAUAGAAAAUAUGUUAUCGAACAAGAAAACCAGUACUCAGCUAUCGAUGGAGCGCGAGGAGCAGCAGAGACAGGAGCUGAGAAAGAUGUUAAUGGGCGAAGUACAGGAACAGGAUAAGAAAAGUAAAGAGAAGAAGAAGGAUGAGGAGGACGAGAGUCCUGUGAAUAGUUUCAAUGCACAACAAGGACGUGUCUUGAAGAUUUACAGGACCUUUAGGAAUCCUGAGGGCAAGGAAUACACUAGAGUGGAAUUGGUCCGAAAGCCAGCUGUAAUAGACACUUAUAUAAAAAUCCGUAAUUCCAAGGAUGAGACGUUUAUAAAGCAAUUCGCAACCCUGGAUGAAGCCCAGAAGGAGGAGAUGAAGAGAGAGAAACGUAGAAUUCAGGAACAGCUUCGUAGGAUCAAGAGGAAUCAGGAACGUGAGAGGAUGCUAGGUGGACCAUCUAGUAACUUCUCUUCCAACAAUAUGUUUGAUCGCAGCACCAAUAAUACACCUACAACGCAAUCCUCUGCCAGUAUCCUUCCUUUCUGUAACUUUCCUUCUUCUUCUUUAUCCUCAAAGCAUUCGAAACCAGAUAUCUCUCCUUCUAAACGUAAAAAACCUAAACUCAAACCAGAUCUCAAGCUGAAGUGUGGCGCAUGUGGUAACGUGGGUCAUAUGAGAACAAACAAAGCGUGUCCAUUGUAUCAGAGCAGUAUGAUAACUGCCCCUGUCAAUGUAGCCAUGACUGAGGAACAAGAAGAAGAAAUUGAAAGGCAAUUAAACACUGACGACCAGGACCUAGUGAACGUUGACGGAACGAAAGUCAAGCUGUCCUCGAAGCUUAUAAAGCAUGCCGAGGAGAUGAAGAGAAGAACUUUGUUACUGAAAGUACCAAAAGAGGCUGUUAAUUCAAAGAAACGUAGAAGAGCCACUGGCGAUGAUCAUUGUGAUUAUUUAAAAAGACAACAGAGACCAGCGAAUAGAAGAAGGACAGAUCCUGUCGUUGUUAUGUCUACUAUACUGGAAAGUAUUCUUAACGAAAUGAGAGAUCUUCCAGAUGUACAACCAUUCUUAUUUCCAGUCAAUGCUAAGGCUGUACCUGACUAUUACAAAAUCGUGUCAAGACCUAUGGACUUACAAACCAUUCGUGAGAAUUUGCGGCAGAAGAAAUAUCAGAGUAGAGAAGAAUUCCUGGCUGAUGUUAAUCAGAUCGUCGAGAAUUCAAAUCUUUACAACGGUCCAAAGAGUUCAUUAACAGUCGCUGCGAAAAGGAUGCUGGAUACCUGUGUAAAUAGACUUGGCGAAAAAGAGGAUCGUUUAAUGAGAUUGGAAAAGGCGAUCAAUCCUCUUCUGGAUGACAAUGAUCAAGUCGCCCUUACCUUCAUCCUCGAAAAUGUUGUUAACAAUAAAUUGAAGGCUAUGCCAGAAGCCUGGCCAUUCUCGAAGCCGGUGAGCAAAAAACUCGUCAAAGAUUAUUACAACGUGAUCAAAAGACCUAUGGAUCUGGAUACAAUAUCUAAAAAGGUUGCCGCACAUAAAUAUCACAGUCGACAUGAUUUCAUGAGGGACAUAGAGCAAAUUUUAGAAAAUUGUACAGUGUACAAUGGAAAGGAAUCGCCGUUUACCAAGAAAGCAGAGACUGUUAUAAAAGUCUGCAAAGAAUUGCUCGAUGAGUAUGACGAUCAUCUAACGCAACUGGAGAGUAAUAUUUCUCUUGUUCAACAACGAGCAAUGGAACAAGCGGAUAUUGAUUCAUCUUGGCUUGGACCUGAUGAAGAGAAUUAUACCAUAGCGGAGCCAGAAUUUCGUGGGAGCCAAACCAGCUCACCGGACAAUCCCUUUGGCAAGUCGAAUAUGGAUGAUUUCGAUUUUGUCGAUGUUGAGGGCGAUCCUGAUGGAGAAAUAGGCAGGAAUACACAUGGAAAGAAGAAGGAUGUCCUUGAAGAAGAUCUGCAAUUCUCCAGCGAGGAUGAGUUCGACGAAGUUCCCUUUGGUGGUGAUGAACAAGUAGAACAAACAGAUAUGGAGGCACUGGAGGUGGGUGAGAUGCGCGAAUCUGGUGAAGUUCCCGCCGAUGAUGACAGUCAACAAGCUGCUGAGGCGAUGGUUCAAUUGGGAAAUGUAGGUUUCUAUACUGGGGAACAGCAGCUACUUCAGCAAGAUGAAAGUAUGGAUGUUGAUCCAAAUUAUGAUCCUUCGGAUUUCCUUUUGGCUGGACUUCCGGCAAGGAAUGAUAAGGGCGUUGAUAAAAUUCAAGACGACUUGGCUGUGUCAGAAAGUGAGGAUGAAGCCGAGAAUAAUUCUCAACAAAAGCAAGAUAUUCAGCAGACACUACCGCAAGAAGAAGACGUCGGUGGUGAUUUGUGGUUUUAAUUGGACUCUGUGUAACAUAAGUCAAACUGUACAUACAAUAUUAAAAAUAAUAUUAGGGCAUCAAACAAGAAUAUUACGUGUAUGCGUCAAAGGUAGAUUGCAUCAUCGGGAAGAUUACUACAUUGUUUCUUCUCUUUUAUAAUAAAUGUAUAGAAAAUU